AUGGCUAGCAAGGAAAAUUGUAAAUUUGAAGCUCUACAUAUAGGUCAAUGCUCUUCACCUGAAGUUUAUUCUUGUGAAUUGCAUUUCAGAAACCAUCUUGUGCAAACCAAUAGCACUCACACAAUUGAUUCUUCUGCUCUUAUAGCCCUUUCAAUCUAUCAAAGAUGCAGUUCUAGCAUUUCUUGCUGAAGAAAAAUUAAAGAAAGUGCUAUCAAAGAAAAAUACAUUAGCAAUAUUGAAAAUAUUUUUCAAGCUCAUAUAUAGUUCUAUCCCUGCUUUGGAGCUCUACUCACAGCACACUGACACCGUAUUGGGAUUUGGUGAACCAACAUUUUUGUCUGAAGCCAACUCCCCAUAUGACAAAAUCUUCUUGCUAUUGGAAAUUUUGCCUUAGGGAGUUUGGCUUCAACAACGAAUUUUGGCUCGCCAAGUCCUCAUAUGACACCGGGGGACCUCAGUCCGAUCCAAAGCAGGAUCAGACAAUAACAUCAAAGAAAGAGCAAGACCCAGUUAUAAGCCUAUUGAUGCUACAGCCUGAUAAUGCAUUUUAG